AUGAGCCGCAGGACCCCACCCUCGCUCCAGUAUCUGGCCAUGCAGAGCCUGCUGAGCAACCAGGCCCUGGCCAUCUCUGCCCUGGAGGAUCUACCGGUGUUGCUGUUCCCUUCGCUGUUCGUGGAGGUCUAUGCCAGGGCCCACACAGAGAUGCUGAAAGCCCUGGUGCAGGCCUGGCCCUUCUCCUGCCUACCCCUGGGUGACCUAGCAGAGUCUCCAGACCUGGAAACCUUGAAUGCUGUCCUGGCUGGUCUCGACCUUCUACUUGCCAAGAAGGAGCUCCCCAGUCGGUGGAAACUGCAAGUCCUCGACCUGCGGAAUGAGCACCCAAAGAUCUGGAUACAGGGCUACCCUUCAAUGGCCCGAAUCUCUUAUCCUGAUGUCCUGACUGACAGGCCAACAGAGAACUGUGGUUCAAUGAUGACUGAAGAGCCGCCCUUGAUUUUACUCAUGGACCUGACCAUCAAAGAUGGUGCCCAGGAUGCUCUCCAAGGCCACCUGCUCCAGUGGGUCAGGGAGAGGAGAGAACGAGUCCACCUGUGCUCCACGAAGAUGCAGAUUCUCUCUGGCUCCAUCUCUGAAAUCCAGAGGGCUCUGCGUGUGGUGAGGCUGGACUCCAUCCAGGAGCUAAAGGUGCAUAAAUUCUGGCAUCGAGAAACCAUGAAAAAAGUUGCCCCUUACCUAAGUCAGAUGAAGAACCUUCGCAUCCUCCAAUUGUCCAGGAUGAGAGUGAACGUCACUUGCAGACACAAGAAUUUCUCAUAUUCCUACAAAUAUGCUGUACAUCUGGGACAGCUGCAGCAUUUGCAGGAGCUGUAUGUGCAUGACGUCUUCUUCCUUUAUGGUCGCCUGCCCACCAUCCUCAGGAACCUCACCCUUUUGAAGACCUUGUCUCUGAGUUCGUGUCCACUGAAGGAGGCUGACUUGUGGUUCCUGUCCCAGUGGCCCUGCUCCAGGCAGCUCAAGCACCUGCGUCUGAGGAGUUUGCCCCUGGACAACUUCAGUCCUGAGCCCCUGAGAGUCCUACUGGAGCACGCGGCCGGCACCCUGGAGACGCUGGCCCUGGAGGACUGUGCCAUCAUGGAUCCCCAGCUCUUGGGCAUGCUGCCCGCCCUGAGCCUGUGCUCCCAGCUCAGCUUCUUCAGUUUCUAUGGAAACCACAUCUCCAUUUCUGUCCUGCAGAGCCUCCUGAGCCACACAGCCAGACUGGACUGUUUGAGACAAGGGAUCUAUCCUGCCCCUCUGGAGUGCUACCCCCAUCAUGAACGGUGGGUAGGGGACUUUGAACCUGAGAGAUUUGCCCAGGUUCAGACUCGGUUGGAGCAGUCAUUGAGAGACAUGGGGACUACUCAGAAGGUCCAGAUCUGUAUCGAUUUCUGUCAUCAUCACAAAUACUGGACCUUUUACACCCUGGGGCCUGAUGGCUACUGGGUGGUCACCGUCAAGAAUCUUCCUCGCCUUCCUACUCUGCCUCUGUAG